UGUCCACACGGAGUAUCUAUAAUCCGUUCCUAUAUAAGUUGACUCUCACCAACAUGUCUCCGAACAUAUGGUAUUCCUUGCAUCGAAUCUUUGGCUGGAACCGGCCAUCAUCAGGAAUCCAAGUAUUGACGAUGGAUAGCGAAGCAUGGCCGCCAGAUAAACUUAUAUCAUGUCUCUCCUAUCGACCUCGUCACAUACUCGAGGGAAUGAUUACAAUCUCUGAACCAGCUCAGCGUUCAGCAAUUCGACGACAUUCUAACUCUUCCAUUGGCAUACUUGAUCGUCUGCCACUCGAGAUUCUUCAAUGGGCUCUCGAUCUGCUGGACUUUCAGUCAUUAUCACGUGUUUCACGUGCAUCACUUCUAGUGUGACGACUCAUAUAUGACGGCUCAUAUAUGACGGCUCAACACU